AUGUGUCAAGACAAUCAAACAAAAGUCACAGAGGUCUAUCUUCUUGGAUUACAAGGUCUAGAAAACUUCAAAACUCUAUUCUUUAGUGUCUUACUUCUAAUUUACAUGGCAAUAGUGAUCGGCAACAUUCUAAUCAUCCUUCUAGUGUCAACCAAUAGCAAUCUCAAAAUUCCAAUGUUCAUCUUUCUUCAGCACCUUGCUCUCGCAGAUGUCCUCCUGGCCACGUUUGUCAUACCACUGAUGGCAGAGGUUAUAUUAAAGACAAAGAAAAAAAUGUCUGUUGAUGACUGUAUCAUACAGCUAUACUCCUAUUCAAUUUUUGGGUUUGUGCAAUGUUUCAUCCUUGUGAUAAUGUCUUAUGACCGAUAUGUCGCUAUUUCUAAUCCUUUACAUUACAUUUUAAUUAUGGAUCGCAGAAUCUGCUUCCUGUUGGGUUUUGGUUCCUGGGCAUUAACUUGGAUUCUAGCUUCAACUGAAAUUAUUUUCACAGCUCAGUUUGAAUUUUGUGGCCUCAAAGACAUUGAUUACUUCUUUUGUGAUUUAGGUCCAAUUAUAAAAUUGUCCACAUCAGACACAUCUAUCGUAGAAUGGAUAGACCUCACAUACUCUGCCCUUUUCUUUUUCUGUGCUCUCAUCUUUAUCACUGGGACAUACAUCUACAUUUUUAUUAUCAUUCUCAAGAUUUCAUCCUCCGCUGGCAGGAAAAAAUCUUUUUCUACAUGUAGUGCCCACCUGAUCUCUGUGGGUGCAUAUUAUGGGUCCAUAAUUGCUAUUUAUGUGACUCCAGCCAAUGAGUCGUCACCUUCCGUAUACAAGUACAGUUCUUUGUUGUACACUGUAGUGAACCCAUUGGUAAAUCCUAUCAUAUACAGUCUGAGGAACCAUGAGAUUAGACAAGCUCUACAUAAAAUAGUUGAAGAACUAUGGAGCAAUAUAAUGGUAAUAUAG